CGCAACAUAAGGAAGUGCUGCAUGGGGUUGGUCGAUGAUCGAGACGGAAAGCAGGGCUCCAUCGGAUGCGGCUGGCACCUGACGGCAGCUCGUAUUUAACUUCAUCUUCAAGGCAAGGUAAACCAGGCGUGGAAAAAGCCGGCCGUAGACCGCAGAUGUUUUUGAGGAAACGUCUCCCCCCUUCUUGGAUCAGUGCGAUUUUUCCGAUUGCAUUGCCAAAAACGCGGUCGCUGAUCUGAGGUCUGUCUGCGCGCUGCAGAGCUGCAGCUCCGACCGUCAUGGAACCACCUCCACUUACUGUAAGGCCUCCGUAGCUAAUAAUAGGCAGGCGCUCCAAGGAAAAAAACCCAUUCAUUACAAAACACUGAUCCACUUUUAAGUCGCACAAAUCUCAUUCCAGCCUGGACUUGCUGGCUACAGUCCUGCUCAUGCUUCCUAAACAGAACAAUUCAGAUUGAAGUCUACUUUACUCAGUUUAUAGUAUAUUUGAGUGGUAAAUGUGGUCAAUGCAUCAAACAUCUAAUCCAGGUUAGGUUAGAUAAGGUGUGCACAGUCUGCUAAUCCAAUGACUAAUUUAAGAAGGUUUAGUGUAAAGCCUAUAUAUGCUCACAUGUUGGGUUAAUGCAUGACAACAAUAAACAGUCAAAUCUGGGUGUUUGCUUGGAUCAUCCAGCAGCAAUGAUGCAAAAAGGAUGCAUGAGUCAUCAUGGCUGUAGAGUUUUUACAUAAGCUCUCAGCUGUUUCACAGAACUGAAAUAACUCUGCUUUCUCUCUUUUGAUACAUUUUUCAUAAUUCUGGAUGAGUGCCUUCAGUGUGUCACAGCUAAAAAUCUAAUUUUAUCACUAACUGACUCUGUAUGUACAAAGGAAGUCAAUAAAUGGAUGUGAAAAAUGAAUGAAAGUUGAUUUAUUAUUCAAAAUUGUACAUGUAUAAACACCAAGUUUGAUUUUUUGAUUUAUUCUGGAUAAAUAUGGUGAACUUAAAAGUAAACUAAAGACCUAGAUUUUUAGUCUGGCUUUUAGUUGAAUUUUGUUUUAAUCUGCAUUAUGUGAUUUUACCCUAAUUUAGUCCUAGAGUAACUAUUCAGCGUUUUAUUACCUCUUUUUUUGAUUUACUUUCUUUUAUUGUUAGAUUUCAAGACUGUUUUAUUUAUUAACUUUUAACACUUGAUCACCUUAUUAUAUUUUUAUCAUGGUUUUAUCAUUUUAGUCCUAGAUCCAGUGUUUCCUCAUUUGGCCUUUAGCAUAUGAAUCUGUGUGUAUGUGUUGAAUGGGGGUUGGGAGGGUGGGUGGGGUCUGGUACUUGUAUUUUUUAUUUAUUUUAUUUCAUUGUUUUUUAUAUCCUGCUUGAAUGGACAGCACUUUGUGCUACAUUACAUGUAUGAAAAGUGCUUUAAAAAUAAAGUUUGAUUGAUUGAUUGAACUUACACCGGGCUGCAAUAUCUGGAGUUCUCAUCUCAAGUUGAGUCUAAAAAUCUUACAUUUCUUAUGAAGUAUCCAAUCUUUGAAAGCCCCUCUCUGUCUUGAUUUGUACCCCAGAUUGUAGCGCUGCCUGUCCAAAGAAGUUAUAUUUCUCCAUGUGUAAUAUCUCUGAGGACUUAUCUAGGGUUUAUUCCUCCGUAAUAGUUUGAUUAAAUAUGAGCUACACAAAUGUUAAUUUAUUAAUGACUUGAGUUAAAGUCACUAUGAGGAGUUUUUUUUUUUACAUCAGUGAAAUAAAUUGGAAUUCAUAUUGAUGCCUUUGCCUUAUAUUCGAAAGCAAAAAGACCAUCAGCAACAAGAUUGAUGAUUUUUACAUGAUAAUUAGAAUGACUGAAAUCAGAGCAGGGGGUAGGUGUCAGCCAGUCAGCUGAAGAAACAGCCCUAUACAAGUCUGUGCACAAAAUACUCACAAUGACUUAGCCUAUAUAUAUUUGACUGUGUAAAGUCAGAGAUUCUUCAUGGACAUAAACUGAGAGUCCUUCACUAGGAGCUUUAAAUAUCCGAAUAUGAGGAACGAGACUUUCUGGCGUCCCAAUGCUGUACAAUCUUUCUCUACAAUCCAUAUAUUUUCUCGCACAUUCAAAGUGAUUGGCUAGAUUUAACCCCACAUUUAAGAUAACCUGGCUAAUCCUGACCAUACCUUCCAUUAUUGAUCAGUUCCAGUAAUAAUACUUUUGCUUUUCAUGUUGUAAAGAUGUUUUUAAUCAAUCUAACUCUAUGUUGUAUGCAUAAGAUAACCCUUGAGCAUACUUAAAAGUCACUAGCCAAGCAGGAAAGGCUUUUAUUUGCAGUCUGAUUAGUUUUUGAGGUAAUGCAAUCACUUGUUUGGUCUAUUACAAAUAAAAUGUAAAUCACCACUCACAGGUACUGACAGCCAUGGUUUACCAGAGUGAAGGUUUUUGGCUGUAGAGUGGAGUGUUUUACCAAUGCAGUUUGAUCAAGCAACUCAACUCUGCCCAUAGUGAGACAAUGCAGCUCAGUGUUUGUUCCUCUUGACUUGAUGAAAAGAACAUCGAAUUACACUCCACAUUUAAACAAUCAUCUUUUAAAGGAUUUUUUCAACUUUCUAUGCUGAUUCAUUACGGCUAUUAUCCUUUUUCAGGUUUUUGUCUCACAUAAAUACUGGAGAAGUAUGACAACGCAGGAUGUUAGCUUAUUGAAAUGAUAUCAGGUCGCAUAUUUGAGUGUACUUCUGGUGAAUUCAGGAGGACUAAGUGGAACUGAUUCACCCCUCUCUUCUAUCCACAUUUAUGGACUAUUCAGUUGUAGCUGCAAUGUUCAGUCUGCUCCACCAGGUGAGGCUGACAGCCAACAUUUCAUGAGUUCACGUUUAACUUCUGAGCCACAGUAUGGGCCGAUAUUAAGAGGGAACAAGUGUAGAACAAAGUGCUUUAUAAAGUGGAAACUUCAGUCCUCAAAUCAUUUGAAACACAUUACGAAUAUCAUGAAAAGUAAUAGGCUUAUAAUACAAAGAAAUCUGCAAAAGCUGUGAUUUCAAGAAGGUAGAAAAAGUGAAACAUGCUUCCAUGAGCUAAAUUUAGUAUUAAUCAAAAAUAUUAAACAGCUUAAAAUUUUUGAAUACAUAAAAAGAGGGUAUAUCAAAACCAAAAUCUAAAGCUGGUGUUAAUAUAUUAAUAGUUAAAGGCAUAGGACAAGAUGUGGUGGUGACCUGUAAUAACCCUCUCUCACGUUUUUGGACACAAAUGCACUUUAUACAGAGCUGGAUAGUCUUCAGCUCUGUUUACAUGCAAAGCAGUGGACUGUAUUUUCCGGGUAUAAAAUCAAUGUAAAAUUGAUUAAGUUCUUUGAAUGGUUGUAAUUCUGUUUUUAUAAAUGCAGUUUAUAGGUGGAAAACACACUCUUACAUACCUGAAACAGAAAGCAGUCACACAAAAGGUGCUGGUUGUCAACUUCAGGCCUUAAAUUUAUCUCAUCUGCCAUAAAAGUUUCAUCAUGUACAUUCGAUUAAUACUUCUACUGAAUGGCAAAGUAAAAAAAUAUAUCUACACAGAAGCAUCAUUAGACAGGAACUGGUCAAGAGCAGGUAUAACUGGAUAUAAGGUGGAGAGGAUCAUGUCCUUAAUUUUUAGGAAGUGUGAUCAUUGAGACUGCAUAUGUCUUCAUACUAAAUGAUUCACAAAUUAAAGCUUAGUCAUUAACCACACUGUAAAACAGGCUGGGUAACUAUUGGAGCAAACCAACGCUGGGUUAACCCAACAUUUUUUUAGAGAGCAUACUCUACUUGAAAUUGUGCAACAGCAAACUCGAGUUAAAUGUUGUGUAAGCAAUGUCUAUUGUUGACAGCAGUUUUAAAGUGAACUCUGUGCACCUACGAUCAGAGUCCAGACAGGUCAGGGUCUCUUGAACCAUUCAGAUAGUCUGGUGAUUGUUGCUGUCUGUGGAUUUCUCUUUCUUUCUCUAUGGCUGCAGCUGAGACAAGCUCCAAAUCUCUUUUCUCUCUGGACUCAUACCAUGUCUCUGAGGAACUCGGCUUCAUCCUCCCUGAUCCUCUGGUAGGUGGAAAACCCCAAUGGAUCGUUUUUCAUUCCUCUCUUUGAACUGCUUUUAUAUUUUACCUUGUAGGAAGCCACACUGAAAUAUGUGAUUGUCAGGAAUCCUACGUUUCUGAGAGUUAAGUCAAAUCAAGAGAAAAUAUGCCUCGUGAAGUUAACACAGAGGUUAAAUGAAAAUAAACUAGGUUUUGAGAGACAGCGAUUGUUUCUGUGACUGAAGCAGUUAUAAAACCAUGAACCUUGUGGCUGGAAGGAUUGAUUAAGAUGAUUGAUUGAAAGGAUUGAUUAAGAGAUGUUGAUACGUGUCGUUUUUCCUGUAUGCAUUGAGCGAUUAACUAAAUUCUCACUGCAGCCUGUUUGCAGAAUCCCAUCAUUUUGAAACCUUUGUGACAAGCUCAAGGUCACUUUACAAAUACCACUUAAAUUUAGACGGUAGGCCUCUGGAUUCUCAAUGAAAGAGUUGCAGCAUUUGAUCCUCAAAUCUGUCCAGUUUACAUUGUUUGUGGUGACUGACACUUUCUUUUAAUGCCCGCUCUCUUUAAAGGAAAAACUGCCGCUUUACUACCAGCCAUGGAUGGAUAUUGCCCUCAGAGUCCCAGAGCUGGUGCACUCUCAAGAGUUACGCACCCUCAUUAACAAGGUACAUGGGAACAAUAAACAGAGGUGGACAGUUGUACAUAUAUUUUUAUGGAGUCAUGGUUCAGUGUUGAUACCCUGUCUGUGCAGAUGCCCCUGCUGAGCAGCCAGUUUCUGCAGAAACACAAAGAGUUACGUCUCGCCCACCUGGCUCUCAGUACGAUGGCAAUGGGCUAUGUGUGGCAGGGGGGAGAGAGUGACACAAUUGAGGUAUCUUUGUGUCUUUAAGUUCUUCUUUCCUUCAUACUGUUUAUUGCUUUCCUUAUCUCCUUGACAGCUGUCAGUUUCUCUACAAUGUAAGUCUUAUGUUAAUGAUGCUUCAUCUGCAACAACCUUCCCUUAAGAUUCUCCCAAAGAGCCUGGCUGUCCCAUUCUGGGAGGUGUCACAGCGCCUUGGACUCCCUCCAAUUCUCACCCAUGCAGAUGCAGCUUUGGCAAACUGGAAAAAGAAAGAUCCAGAGGGGUAGGCCUGGUUGAUUUCUUGAUUUCUGAAUGCCGCCUCCUAAACUAUUGUCUUGUUUUAAUGUGUUUACUUUCUUUACAUGCUCAUCUUUUGUGUCCUGUGCCAGUCCCUUUGAUAUGGAGUAAGUCCUUUUUUAUUAAUUUUUUUACUCAUAAUGUGCAAUGAUGCUCUGAUAUUAGAAAAGGUAAUUUCGUGAUUGUAUGAUGCAGGAACCUGGAGCUGCUCCUCAGCCUCCCUGGUGGAGACAGUGUGCAAGGUUUCUUUUUGGUUACAAUGCUGGUGGAGCUCGCUGCAGUCCCCGCACUGAGGGUGAGCGAAUACAUUUAUCCAAAUUCACUAUUCCCUGACAUAAAAGUUACCUUAAAGUUUAGAUUUAACUCUUGAAUUUAUGUACAAAGCCGUUACUAAAUGGACUUUUGUUGCAGAAUAUUCCUGUAGUGAUCAGUGGAGUCAGGUGUGCUGACUCUGAAGCUGUGGCCAGAGCUCUGGAGACCAUCAGCCAGUCUUUACAAGACAUGACAGACACACUCAAACUGAUGCAUGGUAAUCAAUCAAAGAUCACUUAACAGCACUGAUAGUAAUCCUAAAUAAGACUUUUUAUUAACCUUAUUUAUCUUAAGUAUAUGUGGAGCCUUCGGUCUUCUAUGGCAUCAUGAGGAUCUACCUGUCAGGGUAAAGAAAUCCCAUUUGUUUUUAAUUUUACAUUUCAAUUCUUAUUUCCAGAUUACAAACCAUUUCUGAAAUGUGUGCUGAUUUUCAUCCAUGCUCAUAUGAAUAGAUGGAAAGACAACCCCAGUAUGCCAAAGGGGCUGGUUUAUGAAGGUGUAAACACAGAACCAAUGGAGUAUUCAGGUGGGAGUGCUGCACAGAGCAGUCUGCUGCACUGCUUUGAUGAACUUCUGGGAAUCAAACAUGAGGAAAAAAGUGGUAGGUUGGCUGAUUUUCCCACUUCCACUUUAUUUUUUCUACUUUUUCAUAUUAAAAAAAAGUAACACGGUGUGAAGAGUGUGUCCUAUUGUGAUGAUACUGCCCUUAUGCAGGUGCCUUUCUGACCCGCAUGAGGAACUACAUGCCACCUGCUCACAAGCAGCUGAUCCAGGACAUCUCUCUGCAGCCUUCCCUGAAGAGUUUCGUGCAGCAGCAGGACAACGAGCCACUCAACCAGGCCUUUCAGCACUGUGUCGCCAAACUGCUGGCUUUACGCAACUACCACAUCAACGUGGUCAGCCGCUUCAUCACUGUACCUGCCGCCCGCGCGCGACAACUCCGCGACAAGAACCAGACCUCUGAAGGGGAGAUGAUCAGCAGAGCACCCACAGCUUUAGAGGAGAGGGGCACCGGGGGCUCCGGCAUCAUGAUCUUCCUAAAGACUGUGAGGGACCAUACUCGAGAUGCUUUCCUGCCUGAUACUAGCAAAGAAAAGGAGCACAACAGCUGAUGUGAAUUUAAGAAAUACAGCCAAGUGUCGACUAGGGCGCAUAAAUCAGUGAACGGCUGAUUUCUUAAGAUUACUAUUUAACAUGCUAUUAAAAGGAUCGUUUUGACAGAAAGUGAACAGCAGCCAUGUAACUUUGUUGUGUCUGUAGACAAACCUCAGUGUAAUAGACAUAAGUGAUACACAUCGGUCGGUCCAAACCAAAACUCAAACCAUUCCUGUAACUCUCCAUUAAAUUCAACCACUAA